GUGGGGAGAAGCGCGUCUAGCCGUCUACUAAAAGAAAGGAGCUUCCCUUCCCCACCGGACCCUCCCUAACAAACCCCCGUUCCUGUUUUAAGAUCCGAUCUCCUCUUCCCCCCUCCCCCUCCCUCCCUCCUGACCACCCCCUCCUCGCGCUCCAGCUAAAUCCACGCCACCGAUGGCCCGCACGGGCCUCGCGGACGCUACGGCGCCGGACGCCGACGCAAUGCCGGCCGCCACCAAGGACGCCGCCGACGUGCGCAUGAUCUCCACCAAGGAGCUGCAGGCGCACGCCGCCGCGGACGACCUCUGGAUCUCCAUCUCCGGGGACGUCUACGACGUCACGCCGUGGCUGCGCUACCACCCGGGCGGCGAGGUCCCGCUCAUCACCCUCGCCGGCCAGGACGCCACCGACGCCUUCAUGGCCUACCACCCGCCCUCCGUGCGCCCGCUCCUCCGCCGCUUCUUCGUCGGCCGCCUCUCCGACUACACCGUCCCCCCCGCCUCCGCCGACUUCCGCCGCCUCCUCGCGCAGCUCUCAUCCGCGGGCCUCUUCGAGCGCGUCGGCCACACCCCCAAGUUCCUGCUCGUCGCAAUGUCGGUGCUCUUCUGCGUCGCCCUCUACUGCGUCCUCGCCUGUUCCAGCACCGGGGCCCACAUGUUCGCCGGCGGCCUCAUUGGCUUCAUCUGGAUCCAGUCGGGCUGGAUUGGCCAUGACUCCGGCCACCACCAGAUCACCAGUCACCCCGCGCUCAACCGCCUCCUGCAGGUGGUCUCCGGGAACUGCCUCACCGGCCUCGGCAUCGCCUGGUGGAAGUUCAACCACAACACACACCACAUCUCCUGCAACAGCCUCGACCAUGACCCGGACCUCCAGCACUUGCCGCUCUUCGCGGUUUCCACCAAGCUCUUCAACAACCUUUGGUCAGUCUGCUACGAGCGCACCUUGGCGUUCGAUGCCAUAUCCAAGUUCUUCGUCAGCUACCAGCACUGGACAUUUUACCCGGUGAUGGGAUUUGCAAGGAUAAAUCUUCUAGUGCAGUCAAUCGUGUUCCUCAUCACACAAAAGAAGGUGCGGCAGCGUUGGCUGGAGAUCGCCGGUGUGGCCGCGUUCUGGGUUUGGUACCCCUUGCUGGUGUCUUGCCUGCCGAAUUGGUGGGAGAGGGUGGCUUUUGUGCUUGCAAGCUUUGUGAUCACGGGGAUUCAGCAUGUGCAGUUCUGCCUCAACCACUUCUCAUCAGCAGUUUAUGUCGGGCCACCAAAGGGGAACGACUGGUUUGAGAGGCAAACCGCGGGCACACUUGAUAUCAAGUGCUCCCCGUGGAUGGAUUGGUUCCAUGGUGGUCUGCAGUUCCAGGUUGAACACCAUUUGUUUCCCCGCCUGCCUCGGUGCCACUAUAGGAUGGUCGCGCCGAUUGUGCGCGACCUUUGCAAGAAGCACGGGCUGUCUUAUGGUGCUGCCACAUUCUGGGAGGCAAAUGUAAUGACAUGGAAGACGCUAAGGGCUGCAGCAUUGCAGGCCAGGGACGCCACUACUGGAUCUGCGCCCAAGAAUCUGGUCUGGGAAGCUUUGAACACCCAUGGAUGACUGGGAUCAGGACUGGAGUAUGACACAAUUGCUAGGGUCGAGCAAUUAUCUGAUUGCUUCUCGAUUGCAUAGAGAGAUUGAUCUAUUUAGCUGUUGGAGUCGUGUUGGAUUUUUCGUGUUACCAAGUGACUAUCUUUGCAGUUCAAUCGUGGGUUCAUGCUUCAGUUGUGUACUUGUACACCAUAUUUAGAUUAUUGGGUUCUCCCUAUCACGGUAACUAUUAUCAAUGGUACUUGAUUUAUAUCAUAGAUCCGUGGCUUAUCUUUACACCCAUUUCAUUUUGCUUGCAAGUUCAUGAAACUGUAAACUCAAUUGAUGGUUGGUAGCAUGUAUAUCCUGCUGCUAUGGCCAGCUUGAACUGCGUUUUGGGAAACAUGACGAUUCCAAUAAUAAACGUUUAGCCAUUUUGUCUA